UUCUCCUCUCGAGUCGCCGGCGAGCGUGGACACGGCGGCGAUGCUGCGGUCGGCGCUGCGGCGGGGCGGGGCGGCCGCGAGGCAGGUCGCGUGGGCGGGAGAAGCCUCGCCGAGGGACUUCCUCCGGAUGCGCGUGGCAGAGCGGGAGCGCGCGAGGCGGCGGCGGCGCGACCCGGGCCGCGACGAGUUCUUCGUGCCUACGCCCGAGUCGCUGGCGUGGCUCGACUCGGUCUCCCUCCCCAUGGUGCUCACCGCCGCCGCCGUGGCCCUCUUCACCAAGCUCCUCAUGAUGGAACAUGAAGCUACGGAUCAAGAAAGGAGAGAGCGCAAGAUAAAGAAUAGCCACCCUGAUCAAGGAAAAGUAAGGAUGCUGACUCGUGAAGAAUGGGAGGAGGUCCAAGAAGUCAGGCCAAGGACCCCUUUUGAAUCAAAGUUAGCUCGUCCACAUGCCCGUAUAAGAACUGGGGAGCCAGUGCGGCUGGAGGAUGUCAAGGAUUGGGCUACUGAUGUAAUCGCAGAUUCUUUUACUAGAGCAGAAGAAACUACCAAGCAAAAAUGAUUCAGAAGAAUCUGAAACACCCUUUGUAUCUGCUUCAUGGUUUCUCUGAAUCUGAAUGCAUUAUACAUCGAUGACCCUACGGAUAUUACGGCCACUAUGACGGCAGUCUGAGAGUGAAGCCCCGACCCUUGGUCUGAAAUUCGGUUCACCAUGGUAAACAACUGCUUCAUCCGGCCUCUUGGAGAUAGACCGAGAGAAUAAAGAAUAUAGAUACAUUGAUGAUGCAAAAUGCAAAAAUGUACUCUUUCUAGGCAAAAGUACUCAGUUUUGGACACUAUUAUUCUCCAAUGUAUGCAUCUGACCACAAGUUUCUAUUGAAAUAUAUUAGACAUUCCAUAA